CGUCCAGGUGUCUCCCGUCCCAGCGCAAUCCCAGCCAUCCACCGCUUCCACACAUCGGGAUCCAGCAAGCUUCUCGCGCCCAGCCCUUCAACCCCGUUCUCCAGCAUCCCCCCCCUCCGUUUACAGACCGCGUGACCACCAGACGACCGACGCCACGACCGUGAGCCAUCUUCGUUCAACGCAAGGAACCAUUGUAUCAAUCUUCUUCCGACAAGGCAUCGGCACGACGUCUCUGCGAUUGACCGUUAAUCUACUGCCAGCGUGCUCACCGGUCGACGGCACCACGCAAUCGUCAUCGGGGGAGUCGGCGACCUUUGCCAAGAACGCAGCGGCUCAACGAAGACGUCGCCCUACGAGCUGCGACGAACGAACCCGACCUGCCCCGUCGCCGUUCUGCCUGGCAGCUCAAUGAACUACCGGCGAGGCCGUUAUAGUAGACGCGGCUUCCCGACGCGUUAGAGACCGCGACACACCGAUCCUCUCCGACAGGCACCGCCCACCGCCGCGCCCCAGGCACCUUCGCUACUCACGAACCGUGGCGGCAGCUUCAGCUCAAACCGCACUCAUCGCGGCUCGCCGCACUUACCGCCGCCGCCGCCGUCGCCGCCGCCUGCUGCAACCCAACCUCAAGAAACCCAUUCCCAUCCGAUGCCGCCACAGAUACGCGGCUUCGGCGCUGGGCCCGGCGUCGGCGCCCCCUUCCACCAGCCUGGUUUCCCAUCCCACGGCCAGCCGCAGGGUGGGCCGCUGGGCGGGAGUCAAUACCUCGGCGCGUCCGCCCAGAUGAACCCCUUUGCCGCUGCCAACGGCAACUCGUUUGGCGCUGCGGGACUCAACGGAGGCGCCGCGGGCUUUGCCGACUCGGCGUUUGGCAGCCAGAAUGCGAGGAUGGGAUUCGCCCACGGCUCUGGGGCCGCCGCCGGGCUGCAACAACCUCAGCACGGAGGCCAGGUCCAGCACAACGUCCUGAUGGAACACCCGACCAUGAGGACGCAGCCGAACAAGGGCAGAAUACGAGAAGUCUGGAAACAUAACCUGCACGAGGAGAUGGCCGUACUACGAGACAUGGUGGAAAAAUACCCGUAUAUUGCUAUGGACACUGAAUUCCCGGGCGUAGUAUCAAGACCCAUGGGCUCCUUUCGGGGGAAAAGCGACUAUCACUACCAAUGCCUGCGCACCAACGUCGACAUGCUCAAGGUGAUUCAAAUUGGCGUCACCUUGUUCAACGAAGAUGGCGAGACCCCGCCGGCUCGCCCACCCUCGACUGACAUGGCAGGUAUGGCCGGCAGGAGAGCUGCGAACCAGGGGCCGUUUCCCUAUUCGUGGCAGUUCAACUUCAAGUUCUCUUUAAAAGAGGACAUGUACAACGAAAAGUCCAUCGAGUCCCUCCAGCAGGCCGGCAUCGACUUCAACCUGCUCGAGAGGGAUGGUAUCGACCCACACGAGUUUGCCGCCCUCUUGAUUCCCUCGGGCCUGGUGUGCUUCGACAACAUCAAGUGGAUCUCGUUCCACGGCGGCUACGAUUUCGGUUACCUCACCAAGCUUCUCAUCUGCACGCCGCUGCCCAACGACGAAGUGGACUUUGACCACAAGAUGAAGCUCUACUUCCCGACCACGUACGAUGUCAAGCAUCUCAUGAAGCACGCCAUCCGACUGCACAAUUCUGGGCUGCUCACGCCGAGCGACCCUAGCAGCACCGAGAUCCUGCAAAAGUUCGAACACAAGUCGGGCCUAGAAAAUAUUGCCGAGACCCUCAAGGUCAAGCGCAUUGGGGCCGCUCACCAGGCCGGGUCUGACUCGCUCCUGACGGGCAAGGUGUUCUUCCAGAUGCGCGACAAGAUCUUCAACGGCGACAUCCCUGACGAGCACGUCGGCAAGGUUUGGGGCCUGGGCAUCCCAGAUGUCGGCCUCAUGACCUCGUCCAUGAUGAACGCGACCCACGCUGGCGGCGGCGGCGACCAGCAACAGACCAACGGUGGCGCGCCCAGUACGCCCAAUACCGGCACCGUUGGCCUCGUUACCACGCCGGCCGCGCAGAGCCACAACACCAACGGACUCUCCAACAUGGGCCCGAUGACUCCCGGAGGCGGGGGCGGUGUCUUUGGUAACUUUGCCUUUGCAGGAAAUAACCGAUAAUGGGCUUCACCAGGGCAGCGCCAUGACCCCGCUGGCCUUGGCUCUUCUCGUCGCGAACUCACCUCGUCUUGCUGUCGCCCGCCAUCCCAUUCCUCCUCCAUCCGUCAAUAUCCUCUACCUACUUGGUGCUUACGAAACGGGAUCGAUGCUACGGAGUCUCUUGUGUUUUUUUUUUGCCUGUGCGUUCAACGGGGUGGGUAACUCAGGGAGCACACGUGAUGAACGGAUCGGUUUGGGGCCGCGGAAGUCUUUGGUUUUUUGUGCGGAACGAAGCGUUUUUGGGGGGCGCGGGCUCUGCUUAUGAUGGCGACUCGCCCAAUUGUGCUCUUCGUCUGUGUUGAUGGAUGUCAGGACAAAGCUUGGGUUGGCGCACGAACGAACGCACGCACGUACGCAUCUCAAGGACGGAAGGGGGCAGCGGGAUUGGGUCAGGUCUGGCGAAAGGAACACAGGGAAAGGGGCUGCAGCGGAGAGCCGGGCCCGGGACAGCGGUUCGCGAUGAGUUGUUUUGUUUUUUGGUAGGUGUGAUGGUUUUUUUUGUUCUUCCUGUUUCGCACUGCCGGUGUUAGAGUCUUAAAGUCGUGUUGUUACGGCCCUGUCUGGGUGGGUUGCUGCCCUGAGAGAGAAGGAGGGCUCUCGAGAUUUCUCGACCGGGGGGGCGCGAGGGGGGAGGAACCCCAAUGUAUUGUACUACCACUACUACUGCCUACUUUGCGUGCACUCGUCGU